AUGUCCCAUCAGAAAACCGCUACAUCUUACCGCCAUGAAAAGGCCUGGACGAGCAAGACUACGUACAAAGACCGGAUGCCUCACUUGCAACGGAGAGUAAAGUGCGACGAAACGCUCCCCAUCUGCCAAAGUUGCGGAUCUGCAAAUCGAGAAUGCAAAUGGCCAAAGCCGAAUGACAAUAUCGAUCGCCGCUUCUUGUCUCAUCGCCAAUCAAGACAUCGCAAAAGAGUGUUAGACGACGAUGUUUUAAUAGUUACGGAAGAGGCUCCCCAUGACGACCAAUUGGUAACUUCCGUCGAUCGCUCUCAAACGCUCGUUUUUCAUUCCCUUGAGCCAGCCAUGGCGCACCAAGCCACGGCUCAUGUCCUGGAACCUAUCAUCUGCCGUCACUUCGUUGACACAUACUACGGUCUCAUAAUCCUCCCUGGAUGCCAUUCGGGCUUUUACCAUGGAUGGCUGAGCGAGAUCUUGCGUCUAAUGGCGUCGCAUAAAUCCCUGUACUACUCAGUCUUGGCAUGUGCUACAUCACACCUCCAUUCAAUUAAUCAAUGUGUACAGAUGCGUGAGCUGGCUUUAACUUACUACUCCAGAGCUAUUACGAAGCUCUCUCAAUUGCUUGUUGCUCCGUCUCAGCCUGAAACAAACGACGGCCUGAUGACGUCGAUUAUUUUAUUGUAUAUCCACGGGUGUAUGGGCUGGGGCACGUAUUCCGAUAUACCUCGACACCUAAAUGCGGCGAUGAGCAUCAUUGCAUUACGGUUUUUUGACCGUCCUAUGGGCAUUGAUCGGCUAUUCGACUUCUUGGCCGUGGAGAGCGUUUUGUAUCACAUAUUUCACAUGACGACCGGCCUCUGGACGGAACUGUCCGGACCAAAUCAUGACUCCUACAUUGACUUCUGGUAUCAAGCAGAGAACUUACUGGAUCAGUCUUCGUUUAAUACAGCCUCAAGGCGCUUAGAUAGUCCUGUGAUUGGUAUUCCCAUUGCACUCUUUCGGCUCGCGUUGCUGCUCCGCCAACAGCGCCGGAACUCUCUGCCACUUACGAUGGACAUGCAAUCUAUCCAGUCUGAGGUCUUGGGAUACGAAAUGAUGCUCUUGGGAAGCCAAGAACCACAGUCCACGUCGGACAACUCAGCCAUACAAGAAGAAUACUACAAGGACGCGGGCUCUCUCUAUGCCAUCAUCGUUUCAUUGCUGUGGAAGCAAAUGCUACUCCGUUCAGAGCCAGGGCCGCCCUUGGAAGUAUCGGUCGACUGUUGGCAGAUCAGACGAGCGAUUCAAGUCUUCAAGAAAUAUGAGCAUGACGAUGGGUGGGCAAAAUGCUUCAUCGGCAACUGGCCUACAUAUACGCUGGGCUUCUUCAUGUCAGCCGCUGAGGACAAGCAAGUCAUUCAAGCCGAAAUGCAGCGCAGAUGGGAUCUUACGAAGUUUGCGCAAGUCAACCGGUAUAUUGGAGACCUGCAAGGUACAUGGGCUGCCCGACAGAGCCAGAACGGCCGGUCUUCGUGA